AUGUAUAGCACCACAACCUUUAGGAAUGCAUAUAGUUACAGAAUUGCCCCUAUCAAUGGGAGUGACAUGUGGCCACAUACCAACUAUGAUCCAUCAUUGCGUCCUAUUAGUAAAAGGAUGCCUGGUGGGCCAACUACUAAUAGGAAGAAAUCCACUACAGAGAAUAAAGGAAAACACAAGGCUAGUACAAGUAAACCUCAAGAACAUGAUGAGGUUGAAUUGACUCUAAUUCAGGUGGAUACUACUCAAAAUGAUUUCCAGGAUACUCUUAAUGAUUCUAAAUCUAGUAGCGCACGGGGAAGUGCUCAGUAUAUGCACAUGACUCCUCCUAGAAGUUAUGAUGUUGAAGAUUUUGUUUGUGAGUAUGUUGAGGUUGAAAAUGUUGAAGGUAGUCAGGGUGAAGCAAAUGGUGUGGUUGAAGAUAUUCAGCGUGAAGCAAAUGGUGUGGUUGAAGAUGGCCAGGGUUAA